AUGCCAUUGAGCAAUUCUUCAUCGAUUUCCUCAGUAGUAGUUAGACACAUUGAUUCUUCCGUUAUUCCAUUUCCCACUACAAUUUUUGCAAACCAACACAAAACUCAUUUUUAAGAACGAACAAACCAUUCCAUUCCAUUCAGUAACGAAAAACUAAGCAGAAAAAAAUAAACACUCACUCAUUAUUUGUGACCUUGUUGCAGAGCUUAGAUGCGCGCCCCCACCGCAAGAAACCUAUGUACCCUCAGCAACCUAUUCCGCUCGAAGUUGUUAACCCGCAAACGCAACACCAACGUUGUCCCCUUCACAAAACCUUCUCCUGAAUCCGAAGACGAAAUGUACCUCUCCUCAGAACCUUACCUCGCUCGUGACACUUCCCAAGGGGAUUCGGUUUACGAAAAUGAGGAUACCAAUGAGCUAUCUGAUAUAUUGUGCUCUAAAGAGGACAAGAGGUGUGCUUUAGAGGAAAUUGAUGAUGAUGAAGAAAAGAGGAAACAAACUGUAGAUAUACCGUGGAUACUGGACCUGUCUCAUGGUAAGUUGUCGGAGAAACGGAAGGAUGUAGCGCGUGAGAGGAAACAAAAGUGGAUUUUUAAAUACACGAGUGAUGACCGUUUCGACAGGUUAAUUAAAAUGUGUGCAGAUAAACUAGGAGUGGGAAAGACCGUUAAUGUGUUUGGUCAAUUGGGUCGAGAAACGGGUGUGAAAGAGUAUAACACAUUGAUAAAAAUGUGCGUAAAGAAGGCUAGGGCAACUGACGAUGAAUUCAUUGGUGUAAGAGAAAUGAGUAAGGCUUUUCACCUUUACAAAUCAAUGAGAGAUCUUGGGUAUCCACUAGAAGAGAAAACAUAUGGUCCACUUCUUCGGUAUUUAGUUGAUAUGGGUUUGGUUCAAGAAUUUCAACUUUUCACUGAUAUUAUCAAAACAGAGAACCCUAGUUCUGCUUCACGAUUGGGUUACUAUGAAAUGUUGCUGUGGUUGAGAGUUGGCAAUGAAGAAAUGAUCCGGGAUAUUUGUGAAUAUAUUACAGUCGAAGCUAGAGAAGAGACUUCUGCUUUACGAGAAAGUUACUUGAUGGCUCUUUGUGAAAGUGAUAGGAAAAUGCAGAUUUUGGAUGUGGUGAAGAAUAUAGACGUCACAAAGCUUUCAUCUGCAAAAUCUAUUGCUGAUAUAUUCCAAUCAUUAGGCAGGCUCCAUCUGGAAUCUAUUGCAGACGAUUUACUUUUGGAUUUGAGAGCAUGUGAUCAUGAUGCAGAUAAUAUUUCAAACUUCAUUGUUAGUUAUGCUGUUAGCAUCCCAAAUUUAGCGGUAGAAGAUAUUAUUCCAAAAUUCAAGAAUAUGCAUGAAUUACUGGAAGUGUUGCCUUCAACCUCAUCAUAUGAAAAGCUCAUUUUGCAUUGCUGUGGAUUAGACAAGGUGGGCAUAGCUCUUGAUAUUGUUGAAAAAAUGUGUGAAGCUGGCUUUACCUUGUCAACUGAGGUGUUACAAUGCAUAUUACAAAUCUGUGAGGAAUCUUAUGAAUAUAUUCUGGUCCAUCGAAUCUAUUCCAUAAUAUGUCGCUAUCAUUUGGAGUUGAACGGUGAAAUAUGCAGGCGUUUGGUACACUUUUUCGUCAGGAUGAAAGAUUUUGAAGGGGCAUACAGGAUGAUUGCUGACUUAGAGGAUAUGAAUUUCAAGCCUACAACAAACAUGUACAAUGCUAUAAUGGCAGGAUAUUUUCGAGAGAAGAACAUCAGAGGAGGGUUGAGGGUCCUCAAUCAAAUGCGAGGUGCCAAUGUAAAACCUGAUUCUCAUACUUUCUACUAUUUGAUUCAGAAUUGUGAAACGGAAGAGGAUAUAAUCAAGUAUUGUGAAGAAAUGAAGCAAUCUGGAGUCCAUGCUACAAAACAAAUUUUUAUGGCACUUAUUAAUUCAUAUGCAGCUUCUGGAAAAUUGGAGAAGGCAAAACAGGUAGUUUUAGAUUCAAACAUACCAAACAAGAGCUUAAAUGAAAUCAAGAGUGUACUUGUGUCAGCUCUUGCAUCACAUGGGCAAUUGUCCGAGGCUCUUCUUGUAUAUGAGGAGAUCAAGAAAGCUGGACAUAAUUUGGAGCCAAAAGCUGUUAUAACUCUGAUUGAGGAGUUCACUAAAUUCAAUGGGGAGUUGGAUGGAUUGCUGCUUCUACUUGAGGAAAUGAAUGAUGUAGACUAUUGGGUUGAUGGUUGCUUCAAGGUUAUCAUGUACUGUAUACGGAACAAGAAUUUGAGUUCUACUAUUCUUUUGUUCAAACAACUUAAGGACAAGUUCAAAAAUGAUGACCUAGUAAUGGAAGCUCUUUUUGAUGCAGUAUUUUCUCUGAUUGCAUCGUCUGAGUCCUCUCAUUUACAGAUUGGCCUGGACUUGCUUUGGGCAAUCAAGGAUGAGCUUGGCCUUAUGCCUUCGCGGCAGUGUCUUGAUUUUCUUCUAAGUGCUUGUGCGAAUGCUGGAGAUUUGAACAAUGCUCGCUUGAUUUGGAGAGAGUACGAAGUUGCUGGAUUUCCUUACAAUGUAUUAAGUUACUUGAGGAUGUAUCAGGCACUUUUGGCUGCAGGAGAUGAUAGAUCUGCUCACUUUAUGCUUAAGAAAAUUCCACAAGAUGAUGCCGAGGUUUGUUCUGUCAUCAUAGCAUGUCAGGAAACGUACAAUGAUCUUAAUUCUGUAGAAGAGAAGAAAAAGCAAGGAAAAAGGAAAAAGAAAAAAGAAAGAAAAGAGUAAGACUUGAAUACUAGUUCCAGUGAUAUAUGUAGGGGGAAAGAGAGAGAUGCCUAAUUUUUUUGGGGGGCUUUAGGAAUGUGCUUCAAAAGGGUUGACGCACAUGAUAUGAUAUAUCCAUUUUAUGUUUGCUGUGUUAUAUAUCCUACAAUGUCUCCACUACACAGUUCACCUUUCUUUGUCAUUAAAAAAUACUUUGCUAUGCUAACUAGGUCAUUAAUUAUCAUGGAAGAUGUUGGCUCCAAUUAAUUUGUAAUCAGGCUUGCCCUACAUAGACCGUCUUAGAGGUAGUUUUGGGUUUCCAUGUUGUAGGCUUGUAUCCCAGAUAAUAGCAUUUCAUUUCUACCU